UUCCUAGUUAUACUCGUCAUGAGCGUCUUCGUUUGUUUUGCCGUUGUGGCGGUAUGCUACAGGAAGACGAACUUGCGUAAAUACGAAAGAGAUUGCAAUAAACCGAUAUCGAAAAUGUACCCGGCCGCUGGCAACCAUUCAUCGCAAGAGGACUAUUUGCACGAAACGGCCACUAUACAGGAAUUUAGCCGCGCCGAUUCGCAAAGAGUCUUGUUCCGACCAUCGAACCAUAUGGGAUCCGGAGGACCAUCGCAUUACCAGGAACAAUUACAAAGAAGAGGCGUCGGAUCAUCAAAUGAAGAAGAGAUUCAUUCCGUAGAAGAUGAUACAGUAUCUUUCAUAGACCUGAAGCACAACAACCUCAAGAUACCGGAGAAGAAGGGGAUCUUGAAGAAGCCCGACUAUGGAAUGAUGAUGACUGGCGAUGGCAAAAACAGCUGGGGAGAUGGCGCGCAAUCGGACGAGCUGAUGACGCAGGCGGAGCUAAACAUGAGCCAGAUCAUCAGUGGAGGUCCAUCGGAUGUCGAGAGAACCCUCAAGACCCUCAAUGGGUAUCAUGAAGAUAUAAUCAAAGCUUUAAGAAAUGCGGCUAGUAGAAAGGAUACUACUACGCCGUCAGGCAGUACAUGCACUCUAAGUGAUGAGUUACUGAGGAGGAGCCUCCAACAAUGUGCUGAGAGUUACUCCAAGUAUGAAAGGAGUGGAAGUCAGGAAAAGGUGGUCAUAGAGCACGAGGAUGAAGAUGAAGACGAAGUUCCUCCAUGCGGUCCCCUACGAAUCCGCAACCUGGAGGACUUGAUUCGUCAACUCGAACAUCAUUCCCGACACAUGAGCCCGAGCGGUUCCGAGGACAUACGAAUGUCGGAGACUGAAGCUGAUCGACACUAUCGACAAGAGUCCUCUUCGGCCUGUAGCGAAAGUUCGCACCAGUCUCACGGCGGCAGAGACCAGCGGUUCGUGUACGGCAGGUACCGACAGCCGUCGGGGCGGAUGCCGUAUCCCCAUCCCCACCAGCACCCGCACUCCCUGCAUCAGGCCGAGGAGGAUAGCAUAUACGAAAGCGCCGACCACGAGAGAGGCAUGCCUUGCGGGGACACGCCCGACAGCGAAAGUGAUGAAUUUAUUCAAGCUCAGCAACAGCUAGCCCGGUGGGCCAGUGAGGACGCAGUAGGGCCGGGGGCCAGCACGAGUCAGGGGGCGGCUCUGGCAGGCGUUGCCGGAGUCAGCGUAGGCGGCAGCGUCAGCGCCGUCCCCAGAGAGUACUACCCGUCGCCGAGCAGCUCGACGAGCGAGGAACCGCCGAGCAUCGCGCGCGCGCCCCUGCCCAACCUGCUGCCGCCGCAAGGGCCGCCCCCGCAUCCCGACCACGCCACCAUCCACCGGCCCAAACGUUACCCCGAAUACAAACACUGAUAGUGACUCGCCGGGCUUGCGCGGAAUCGACGUAGGCCCACGCCGCCGAUGGGCCUCCCCGCCGCCGCUACCGCCCUCUACGCGACACAGAUGUACUAAUAACUAGUUAAAGUCACAACGUGUCACAUCAUUUAUUGCAAUUUUUCAGACUGUUUCAUUAAAUAUUAAAGUUAAUUAACUUUUAAUUACUAUAUCAGCAUUACUUGAGACAUAAUGUAUUACAAGGGCAAUAGUUUCAAACGUUUAAACCUGAAACCAAAUAAAAUAA